GUAUAUAAGGGGCAGAGCAGUCCUGGAUCACAGAGGCAUCCCGAGGGGUAACGGCGUGGGGGACAAGAUGAAGUCUUGCAUGGGCCUUCUCCUCGCCCUGGCAUUCCUGAUGGCUGCCCCGGGCCCCAGGGCAGGCUUUGCCCAGGAGACAGAGUCCGGCUGCUGUGCACAGCUGAAGGAAUUUUCCCAGUGCGGAGCGGACAAGAAGAUCUUUUUCCAGGGCCAGCCAGGGAUCCCGGGAAUGCCGGGGACAAACGGCAUGCCGGGGACAAACGGCCUGCCUGGCGCUAAAGGAGAUCCAGGCCCUCAAGGGCCCCCAGGCGAGAAGGGCUCCCCUGGGGCAAUGGGGAAGGCUGGACCCAAAGGAGACAAAGGAGAAGCCAGCAGUUCUGCCAGCUCUCAGCAGCAAGGGGCAGGUGCCAGGAACUGCAAGGAGCUGCUGGAGCAGGGCGAGGGGCUGAGCGGCUGGUACACCAUCCGCCCCGAACCGGGGAGAACACUGACCGUCUUCUGUGACAUGGAAACGGAUGGCGGGGGCUGGCUGGUGUUCCAGCGGCGCCAGGACGGGUCGGUGGAUUUCUAUCGGGGCUGGGAGGCCUACAAGAGAGGGUUUGGGAACCAAGCAUCGGAGUUCUGGCUGGGCAACGACAACAUCCACCUUCUCACCAGCACCGGGACCUACCAGCUGCGGAUUGAGGCCAGGGACUUCAAUGAGUCCAGCACAUUUGCCAAGUACAGCAGCUUCAAGAUGCUGAGCGAAAGGGAAAACUACACGCUCGCCUUGGGCUCCUACUUGGAUGGCACCAUGGGUGAUUCUCUCUCGGGCCACAACCAGCUGGGGUUCUCCACGCGGGACAAAGACCACGACACCUUUGGGGGCAGCUGUGCCGUCCUCUACAAAGGCGGCUGGUGGUAUGGGCAGUGCCACUCCUCCAACCUCAACGGGCUGUACCUCAAAGGUGAACACAGCUCCUACGCCAACGGGAUCAACUGGUCCACCGGGAAGGGGCACCACUACUCUUACAAAUAUGUGGACAUGAAAAUACGGCCCCAGUAGGCAGCCUCUCUCUCGGGGCUCUACUGAUGCUACAGGGAUCCUUCCCCAGGGACCUACUGACUGAACAGCCCUUCUGCGCGGCUAGUAAAUGGGGAACUUGCCAUUAGCCGGGAUCUCACGUGCUGCUGUGGUACUGCAGCCUGCAAUUCAGUCUCUUCUCCAGGCGCUAUCCCCCAGGGGCUAAAGCUGGAGAGCACACCCCCUACACAGCUGCUUCUUUCCCUUGGAGGGACCAAUGAGCGCUCUACCUACUUAACCCCCUGCUUGUCCUGCUCUAAGAAAGAUGAGCUGGGAGUCAGGACUUCUGGCCUCUUUUCCCACUGACCUGUUGCCCCCCUCUCUGCCUCAGUUUCCCCCCUGCUGUAAAAUGCAGGUGAGAAUACUGGCCCAUCUCACAGCUCAAUAUAAUACAUAAAGGGCUCCGAGAUCCUAGGGUGGGGGUUGCUACAGAAAUGCAGUGUUACUUUCUUAAACACGGCCCAUGCAGAAAAGUAAUUCCCUCUGAGUCGAGCUGUACUCUGGCUGAAGGCCAAGCUGUCUCAGCGAAGGCCCUUUUGAGAACCCCAAGCUGGUAUUUUACCAUCUCCAUUAGCCAGUUUUCAGCAGGGCUCGGCCUCCACCGUUGGGGUCAGAUUUUCAGGAGACCUCCCUACAAAGUCUGGCCAUACGAAUUGCAGAGGGAGCAGCUGACAUCUCAAGGGUCUGGCUCCCAUGGAGGGUGCUUAGAGCUUGAGAACUGAACCAACUGCGCCCCAUGGUGAUUUGCGGAUAAGUUGGUAUUUCUCUUCUCUUAUUCUUUGGAAAAUAAAGCACCUACGACGCGUAGAACACGUUUUCACCCAAAGCUUUAGUCGGUCCUUCUGCACAAGAUUUGGGGAUUGAGACCCAGCCUGGUUUACAUUAGGUAAGCCUGCACCUUGUCUCUACGCGGCACUGCUCAGGCCAGGAGGCAAAAAAAGAGCCAUGAAAGCCUUUUCCAGCCUCGCUGGGUUCUAGGGUCCCGAACGCAGAACGGGCGAGGAAUCUCCCUGGGGAAUCUCUUGCUAUAAACACCCCAAUGCACAUGCAGAAUAAGAACGAAAGGAUGAACGCCAUCGAACUGGCUCUGUCUUAAACCCCAACCGCAUCUCAGAUCAUUUUACGGGAGAAAAUGUUUGACUGCAACCAGCAGGCGUCACAUCAUUCGUUGUAGUGUCUACGAGCCCCAGCCACGUGCCAUGACCCUGCCGUGCCAGGCACUGUACAAAAGACAGUCCUUGUCCUCAGGGGUUUACAAUCUACGUUUAAGACAAGAGACAACAGAUGGGAGAGUAGGUAGAAGUAAACAACGAGGCAAUAUCGAUCAUUAAGAUCGCGGGGACUUCGGAGGGGCCGCUGGGCAGCAUUCACACACUGGAGGCUUGACAAGAGGUGCAAACAAGGGGCCAGAUUCUCAUCGGCUAGAACGGUGUAACACCAGAGUUACAGCGGCGUAGCUGACAGCAGUCUUGCCCCCAAGCCCUACGCGUGGGGGUUUAUCAUUUGAAAGGAGAGGGAUCGAGGAUGGGGGAGGUGCCACAAAAAGAGGCAGCUGAUGGAGCAGUGAUGUUUAGCAUCUCUUACUAGCUCAUCUAAUUAACAAGCUACGCUACAUUGUU